CAUGGCUGGAAGCUACCCAUCCCCCAAAGGGAUCCAUCCCUUCCUGCUGCUUGCCCUGGUCUUUGGUGGCGCAGUCCAGGCCUCCAAGAUUGUGGGUGGGCACGAAGCUCGGCCCCACUCUCGGCCUUAUGUGGCAUCCCUGCAGCUGAGCAGGUUCCCUGGGAGCCACUUCUGUGGUGGCACCCUGAUCCACCCGAGAUUCGUGCUGACAGCCGCCCACUGCCUGCAGGACAUCCCCUGGCAGCGUGUGACAGUGGUGCUGGGUGCCCACGACCUGCUGAGCUCGGAGCCUGAGCAGCAGAAGUUCACCAUCACUCAGGUCUUCCAGAAUAAUUACAACCCCGAGGAGACCCUCAAUGACGUGCUUCUCCUUCAGAUAAACCGGCCAGCCUCCCUGGGCGAGGAGGUGGCGGUGGCCUCUCUGCCCCAGCAGGACCAGUCUCUGCCUCAGGGCACCCAGUGCCUGGCCAUGGGCUGGGGUCGCCUGGGCACCCAAGCACCCACGCCCCGCGUGCUGCAGGAACUGAACGUCACGGUGGUCACCUUCCUGUGCCGGGAACACAACGUGUGCACGCUGGUGCCACGGAGGGCAGCAGGCAUAUGCUUCGGAGACUCGGGCGGCCCCUUGGUCUGCAAUGGCAUUCUCCAUGGAGUGGACUCCUUCGUGAUCCGCGAGUGCGCCUCCCUCCAGUUCCCCGAUUUCUUCGCCCGGGUGUCCAUGUAUGUGGACUGGAUUCACAACGUGCUGCGGGGCGCAGAGCCCUGAGUUGCCCUUCUGCGCUCCAGGCAGCCUAAAGCUGGGGCGACCAGCAGGCUCUAGUGGGAAAAAAUGGAGUGGGGUGGACUGGACCUUUCCAGGCUUUUCCUCCACCCACGCACCCACCCACGCAGCACCCCCUAGAGUGGAGUCAGCUCUGUUCCCUACUCCAUGUGACCUCAAUAAAAACUGAGACAUAUUUAAAA